GUUCAGUUGUCGUGUUCGUCGCAGGCGCACAGCCAGCAGCACCACCUACAAGGGAAAGACACACAGUCCGUGUCCGUCAGAGCGUGCGUUCGUGCGUGCGUGUGUGCCACAGUCUGUGUCUUUCUUCAGGAAAAUGAUCUGAGGACGGGACGGUAAUUUUCUUUUUACUUUCUGUGCCGCCCGGAGCUGAUCCAAAUCUAGUCAAUCGUACAACGACCUAAUUAAGCAAUGCCAAACUAACCAAAACCCAAAGUGUGAUAUUGAAAAAUGACCAUGACAUUUAAUGUUUUAACUUAAGAGAAAAGUAAGGGAAAAUAGAAAGAAGACAAGAGCAAUCGAAGAUCUGUCGACUCACCUCAGAAUCUCAACCAAACUUAAGAUAGAUAAUAAAUCCCAAAAAACCAACUCCUUCCGAAUACUCUUUUUACUCAAAUGCUGCACACUGCUGGCUCCCGAAUGUGGAAUCGUAAUCGACACCAGCAGCUCCUGGACCAGCAGAAAUCCUCUAUGCACACUUUCUACAUCGACUAGCAGCCAAUCGGACUUCGCCAGCAAAAUACGCUUCCUCCUUUGCACUAUUCUGGCCGCGAUCUACGGCAAACACUUCACCCCCACAGUAGUCCACGAGGCGGAUCCGUACACCGCCGUAUCGGAGUAGCACCGGUGGUAGUUGAGCACUGGGUAGGAUCCCGAUUCGGUUCGGGUGAAUCCUAAGACUCAACUGUCGCCAAUCGAGAACGCAAAGCCCCGAGCGCAGUCCACCCGAGCGCGCUUUAAUUUCGACCAAACGGACAAAGUGAACGGCCCCAAAAUUACGGACAACACGAUGGAGGACUUGCUGCAGGCUGGCCACGUGGUCAAGGAGCGGUGGAAGGUCCUGAAAAAGAUCGGCGGCGGAGGUUUCGGCGAGAUCUACGAAGGCCAGGACCUGAUAACGCGGGAACAGGUCGCCUUGAAGGUGGAAUCCGCGCGCCAGCCGAAGCAAGUCCUCAAGAUGGAGGUGGCCGUCCUGAAGAAGCUGCAGGGCAAGGAGCACAUCUGCCGCUUCAUCGGGUGCGGCCGGAACGAUCGCUUCAACUACGUGGUGAUGCAGCUGCAGGGCAAGAACCUGGCCGAGCUGCGGCGGUCGCAGGCCCGCGGGGCGUUCUCGCUGAGCACCACGCUCCGGAUCGGGCUGCAGAUACUCAGAUCGAUCGAGUCCAUCCACUCGGUUGGGUUUCUUCAUCGUGAUAUUAAGCCAAGCAACUUUGCCAUUGGAAGGUUACCGUGCAAUAAUCGUAAAAUUUACAUGUUGGAUUUUGGUUUAGCUAGGCAGUACACCACCGGCACCGGAGAGGUUCGGUGUCCCCGGGCAGCCGCCGGUUUCCGCGGCACUGUUAGGUAUGCUUCGCUGAAUGCGCACAAAAAUCGAGAAAUGGGUCGGCAGGACGAUCUGUGGUCAUUGUUCUAUAUGCUUGUUGAGUUUGUUACUGGCCAGCUUCCGUGGCGUAAAAUUAAGGAUAAGGAGCAAGUUGGUUUGUUAAAAGAGAAAUACGAUCAUCGUUUGCUACUCAAGCACUUGCCUUCAGAUUUCAAAUACUUCUUAGAUCACAUUCAAUCGCUGAACUACGCCGACAAGCCGGACUAUGCUAUGCUAGUAACCCUUUUCGAGCGCUGCAUGAAGCGACGGGGCGUCAAGGAAACCGAUCCGUUCGAUUGGGAAAAGACGGAGGAAAACAAUGCCGACCAUGCCGGCGGAGAAGCCAAAGUAGUAAACGCAGCCGUACCAAAGAGUGAACUAAUUAAAAAACACAAAGAUAUCGAAAUGACGGAGAAACGUAAAGUGAUUCCAGACUCUGUCAAGGUGAUGCAUACGGAACCGAUCGAAUCGAUCAAGCCGCAGAAUGCCAACAACGUCAACGCUAACGCAAAGCUUCCGAAUCUGGCCGGUGGAACACUGACCGGCCAGCAGCAGAACAACAACAAUAACGUCCAGAACGAAAAAUAUGGCGUGGAUCCGUUGGAUCCACGGCUCCGUCAGGCGUUCAAGGACGCCUUGAUUGCGAGCCAGGAAGGCGCCAAGGUGAAGCCGGAAAUUCCGUUGGUCCGGGCCCAUACCGACGUAAACAAACCGUCGAAACACGGCGGAAAUCGGUUACGGAUCCUGACGGCACCACCGGUCAACAUAAAAGACUUUGCGUCCUCGAUCGACAGCCUUCAGCAGCAGCACUCGCAGGCCAACGAGAUCACCAACCUGUCGGAGGCGAAAUCGAAACUGAAGACCGAAGCGGACGAAAUCAGCUGUACCCCUGGGGAUGGGCAGCUGACGGGUGGAAUCGGCGGAACCAACGGUCAGCAGAGUGGGGGCGACGGCGGUCAGCCGAAUUCGCUAACCCAGCGGCAAUCGUUGCAUUUGGGAGGCAAGAGUCUGAGGUCCUUCGCGACUCAGUCGGCCAAGUAUCGUAGCUUGGCGGACGACAAGAGCUGCCGGGACUUUUCCAUCACCCAACACGCCAUCAUCGAUGACGAGAACGCUAGUCAGCACCAGACGCCCAAGUAUCAGGGAGCUCUGACACUGGCCUCGCAGUGGAAGAGCCAGUUUGAUGAUUCGGACGAUUCGACCGAUGGACUGUGGAAGGGCGAGCAACAUUCCGAAAACGCAUCAAAGAAAAAUAUCGUGCUUGAGCAGAAGCAGCCGCAAUCGCUACAACAACCGCAACCAGAGCAGCAGCAAAAGCAACAACACAAGCAGAAUAACAACACAUCGAUGAGUGCUAUUGUUAAUAAUGGAACUACUAAUAUUACUACUACCACUACAACUACCACUACAAACAACCCAGCCGCAGUCGCAGCAGCAGCAGACCUUGCAAAUAAUCUCAAUUCUUAAUUUAUUGGUAAAUUUAUGAAAUACAAAGAGGUAAAAGCGUAUAAAGCAGUAUAGAAAAAUG